AUGAAUUAUCGUGUAUUUACCUUGACAAGGUAUUGGGGAAGUGCUCAAAAAGAUCUAGAUCAAUUACAUCAUUUUAUUAAUCAAGCUGAAACUUAUUCGUCUCAUAUUCUAAUUGGUGUUAAUGCUAGCAAAGAUCUGACAAAUUUUAGUCAUUUUCAUAAUGAACAAAUGGGAACUCGAGCAAUUCCUGUUGAUAUCGUGCCGAUUACUCCCUGGUAUGGUAUCUCCUCUCCGCUUAAUAUUCUCUUGAAUCGUGUUAGUAGCCUAGUCAAAAAUUCACCAGAUACAAUCGUACUAAUUCAAUCGCCUGAAAUUCGUUGUACAUCAACUCAAGUGAAGAAACUUUUGACAUACAUGGAUCUCUCAUCUUGUUUAUGUAUUGGCGCAUCGUUAGAUGGUCAUCUAAUAACAACUCAAAAUCAAAAUGUUCCCGUACGUGGAGAAACAUGUCCGUGGAAUACAUUUACUUUAUGGAAUUGGAAUAAAUUAAUUCGUACGGGUUUUUUGUCCACUGCCGAUCUUGUUCAACCAGCAGGGAUGGAAGAAGUGCCUGUUAUUUGUUUACAACAAAAAUUAUUUGGUGGAAAACAAAUGAAUCGUGCUAUUCUGAUAAAAAUGACUGAUGAAGAUAUUUUAUGGAAUAAUGAAUUUGAGCAUGAUACUCAAAGACGAGAAAAUCAUUUGAAAAAACUGCGAUCUAAGAAUGAGAGAACACGUGAAUUAAUGAAAAUACUUCAGAUUAAUGAAACAGUGGAUGAUAUCGGUGUUGAACAUAUUAUUGUUAGUUGA